AGUGGCUGACCGCCAAGGGCUUUUAAAACCAGAUGUUAAACGAGGCCGGUAACCCGGUUUUGUCGGUAGAGGAGAAUAGCACUUUAGUUAGGACAAAUACACUUAGAAUUUUUUUUCCAUUUAAGCUAAUGUAAUGUGCUAACAGAUAUCAAGGAAUACCUAAAAGAAUGGAGAGUGUUGUAUUUGAUGUAGCAGGUUCGUUCAGUGCAGCGGCGCCAGACUUAAUGUGAUUAUGGCGAGCAGGCUGGUUCACUUGGAUGUUCUGGUUCUGGCGGAAGUUGUCAGUUUUGGGAUCAUGCUUGGGCUGAUUGGAAUACAUCUUUGCCUGACGAUCUGCCUCAGCCAUACGGGAUUGCUUCUCGUAUUCGAAUUGCUCAGACUUCUGAAGUUGACGUUCUUCCUCGUUCUCAGGUUCGGCUUCCUGCUUGCGAUCAUGCUCCCUAGAGGAAGGACGUGUGUAUGCGAAGGACAUGUUUUGUUAUUUAUUAAGGUGAAAAAAGUACUGGGUUUGGGUCUUUCCAAAUUAGAAUAUAAAAAAAGGAAGAUAAAAUUAAUAAAACUUACUUGCGAACAACGGGAACAGGGUGAUCUGCGGCAGGAACACGCAUGCCUCCGACUUUGUGGGCAGGAGAACGAUUGGUUUGCUCCUCAAUUUGGGCGCUCUUAUUGUCUUCAGAGUUCAUGGUCGUGGUUGUGUAAUUGAAUGUUGAGUAAAAUUAGAAAGAGUUGGUGAUUGAUGGAAAAGUAGAGAGAAAAGUUAGAGGGGAACUCUUGCUUAUUUAUAA